CGUUCGAUGCAGUGCGCUGCUUGCUGCCUGUGUCCGUGUCGGUCGGGAGGUGAGAUUUCGUCGUAAGCGAGUUGCUCGCGGUAGGUGCGCAGCAGACAGGCCUAAGCAGCAUUCAUUCUUUCUCCGCAGCUGCUAGGUAUAUCGUGGAGAGCCAGUCGACUCGGGCUUGCCUUUGUAACUGCUCAGUGCGCAGUGCUGGCUGAUUUAUCGACGCACGCAGGCGCAUCGCGUUUGCUUAGAGGCAAUUGCGACUCGCGACUCGUAGCUGAUACUGCGCAUUUGAUAACACGCACACACAUACUCAUGCACGCGUUCUCACGUGUGUUCCGUCAUAUCGACGAACCAUAUUCACUCUUACAGAGGAAAAAACCCCCUGUUGCGACUUGUAUCGACAUAGCCGAGAGAUUGUGUAUACGAUAUCGAGCCGAUUCGAGGAACCACGUGGCUCUAUCUUGCAGUGACUUUUGGAAACAAGCUUGGGUGGCGAGCCUCUGGCAACAAUGCAAAGAUAUUUGAGACACUGCCUGCAAUGCAAUUCGAAACUACUGAUAUUUCUUAUCGUAAUAUGGUGAUCUGAAAAACAAAUAUUCCAGGAAUAUGUAAAACUAUCUAAACGCACGUAUGCUUCUCCAAAACCUAUACUCUUAUUCUAAUUGUAGAAGAAAAUUUAGGCUGCUCUAAAAAAACACGUGGAGAUUUUCAAAAUAGAGCUGUGUCUAUUCUGGGGAUUACACUUUCUUCAGCAAUAAUAGUACAAUUACUACAUAUAUUAAUACAUAGCAUCUCAAUGCAUCAACUUCAAAAUUCUAAUUAUAAGAUCAUAAACCUAUCUCAUCAUAAUAUAUUCAGAAUCGAAAUUUAAUUUCUUCGAUAAUGAAUUCGUUGAAAGAAGAAAAAAUGAAUAAGUUAAACUGCAUUGUCUUAAGAUGCAUGGAAACUUUCCAUUCUAGUUGUGACUCUCAUUGAAAAUUCCAGGAAUGAGUUUUUUAAAGCUUUUUCAAAUGUAUAGUGACUAUACUAGCAUUAAAAGCAUUUAAAAAUUUAAUCUUUUUCAAAUGCAACAAUAAAUUUUUGAAAGUUUAAGUUUAACAUUUAACCGAUCGUAUUGGAAUUUUUUAUAUUAAUUAUUGUCUAAAUUGUGUUUAAAAAGCGAAGGUCUAAAGUUUGAGAGGUAAAAAAAUCCUCAUAGGCCAAAAACUGUAAAACUGUCAUGAAUCAUACUCUUGGCACAUUAGCGUGGCAUAUAAUAGCUAAUUAGAAAAUUGUAGCCGAAGAAGGAAAAAAGAUUUACUUUUUGCUAUCUUAUUAUCGUUUUUCAAAAAAUGACGCUAAAUAAGAACAAUUGAGCUUUUGUUAUGUGGAUGAGCAUAGUAACAACUUUGAAAAAACUCAUUAAAAUUAAUGAGGUUCAAUGUCAGCGGCUAGUGAUAUGACCAAGAUAUACAUUCGCGUCAAGUCUAUCCGUUCUAUCCUGACCGUGAGUCUUGCCUAUGUCCAAUUUAUUCUGACAUUUUUAGCUGAUUUGAACUUGUGCGCAGCUUCAAUGAAUUAUGAUUCUGACUCGCAUUCAAAACAUCUUUCGCGAUAGUACCGCAGUCGAUUGCUGGACGUCAACUGUGCACAAAAACAGACAACCUCAGCGCAAUAAUGCGUUUUCCAGUAAUUUUCACGGCUUUGUUCGCCGUCUUCACCUUCGCGGAGGCAUUUGAUCAAACUAAAGAUUGGGCUUCGGCGCAAACGAUGUAUGAAUUUCACGCAAAUGACAUCCAUGGAAAAGACGUAUCAUUAGAUAAAUACAAAGAUCAUGUUGCGAUUGUGGUAAAUGUUGCCAGCCAGUGUGGCUUAACAGAGGCUAACUACAAGCAACUUCAAGGUUUAUAUGAAAAAUACGGAGAAUCAAAAGGCUUGAGAAUUUUAGCAUUUCCUUGUAAUCAAUUUGCUAGUCAAGAGCCUGGAACUUCGGAAGAAAUUUUAGCAUUCGUCAAGAAGUACGAUGUUACUUUCGACAUGUUUGAAAAAAUCGAUGUCAACGGAGAUAAUGCUCAUCCCCUAUAUAAGUGGAUGAAAUCUCAGCCUGAUGGUGCAGGUGUUCUUAUCGAUGCUAUUAAAUGGAAUUUCACCAAAUUCAUUAUCGACAAAAAUGGUAAAGUUGUGGCUAGAUUUGCACCAACAACCGAGCCUAAUUCUAUGGAAGAGACUUUGUUAAAACUGUUUUAAGAUUUAUCGUAAUUUUUAAACGUACGUCACUUUUAUUUUCUACUUUUAAUCUAUUCAUUGACUCUAUUUUGAAAUAUU